UCAGUGUGGAUGUAGGGGAGAUAUUAUGAGGCCGGUGUCAUUAGGCGAUUGCUGUUCAAUGAUUGAAUGUUGGAUGUGAGUGAGUCUGUGUGGGUUUGGUUUUUUUUUUUUCCCUUCUUCUUUCUCUGUGAUUACUCCUGGUCUGCGGUCAGUCCAUGGUGUUCAGAUCUCCUCUAGAGCUCUAUCCCACCCACUUCUUCCUGCCCAACUUCACUGAGCGCUCCCUGCUCCUGGCCAGUGGCUCCAGGGCCCCAGAAGAUUUGUCCAUGUUCCAGCUUCCCACCCUCAACUUCUCCCCGGAGCAAGUGGCCAGCGUGUGCGAGACGCUGGAGGAGACUGGGGACAUUGAGAGGCUGGGGAGGUUCCUGUGGUCCCUUCCUGUGGCCCCUGGGGCAUGUGAAGCCAUCAACAAGCAUGAGUCCAUCCUGAGAGCCAGGGCUGUGGUGGCCUUCCACACAGGCAACUUCAGAGAUCUCUACCACAUCCUGGAGAACCACAAGUUUACCAAGGAGUCCCAUGGAAAGCUACAGGCCAUGUGGCUGGAAGCUCACUACCAGGAGGCUGAGAAGCUCAGGGGUCGACCCUUAGGACCAGUGGACAAGUACAGGGUCAGGAAGAAGUUCCCCCUACCUAGGACCAUCUGGGAUGGAGAGCAGAAAACCCAUUGCUUCAAGGAGAGGACUCGCAGUCUCCUAAGGGAGUGGUACCUACAGGACCCUUACCCAAAUCCCAGCAAGAAAAGGGAACUAGCCCAGGCCACUGGCCUAACACCCACACAAGUGGGGAACUGGUUCAAAAAUCGGAGGCAAAGAGACAGGGCAGCAGCUGCUAAAAACAGGCUUCAGCACCAGUCUAUUGGACAGAGCGGAAUGAGGUCCUUGGCAGACCCUGGUUGCCCCACUCACAGCUCAGCAGAAUCCCCGUCCACAGCUGCAGCCAGUCCCACCACCAGCGUGUCCAGCUUAGCAGAGAGAGCAGAGACUGGGACCUCUAUCUUGUCUGUCACCUCCAGCGACUCAGAAUGUGAUGUAUGAUAGCUAGGCAGACACACUUACCCAGUGGACUAAACUUCCAGGGGACUGUCACACAAACUAAAAGGACAGGUGGAAAAAAGGUGACAUUUAGACUCUUGAAGGACAAAUACGACCUAUCUCUGCGCUUUUUUAUGGACGCACAACCACUUGCAUGAUUCAUUUCUAUCUGGGGAUAUAUUCUAGAAAAAAAAAAAUUCAACAACAAAAAAACUCCUAUACCCUACAUGGAUCUGCUUGAAGAAGAAAUCACAGAUCUCCCCUUCGUUUUUUAUUUUUUACAUUUUUAUUUUUAUUUUUUUAGAUUUUUUUCCCCCUUUUCUUUCUCUGUUAAAAAAAUUCCAUCUAAUGGUUACCCGAGAUGCAAUCUUGUCAU